AUGGGAGGUAACAGCAAGGUAGUGACAAUGGAGAUUGGAAGUGAUGGCAUUGCUGUGAUUGCUCUCUCCAACCCGCCGGUUACAGGUGUUACCAUUGGCCAGUUUAAAUCCCGGAUAGUGGAGAAAGUUGGUAUAAUUGGUGGUGGUUUAAUGGGCACUGGCAUUGCUACAACUCUUAUUGUCAGCAAUAUACAUGUCAUACUCAAGGAAAUCAAUUAUGAAUUUGUUCAGAAGGCUAUAAAAUCAAUUGAAGUCAAUCUCAAUGGCCUAGUAACAAGAGGUGAGCUAGAUCUGGACAAAGUGAAGCGAUCAUUAUCCUUCCUCAAAGGUGUUAUAGACUAUGAAGAUUUCAGAAAUGUGGAUAUGGUCAUAGAGGCUGUAUAUGAGGACCGAGACUUGAAACAGUCAAUUUUUGAAGAAAUUGAGAAGAUCUGUCCUCCUCAUUGUAUCUUGGCAUCAAAUACAUCCACUAUUGAUCUUAAUGAAAUUGGAGAAAGGACAAAUUGCCAGGACCGUAUUCUAGGAACACAUUUAUUCAGUCCUGCUCAUGUCAUGCCACUCUUGGAAAUUGUGCAAUCAGAAACCACUUCUAAUCAAGUGAUACUUGAUGUUUUGAAAUUCUCAAAAGUCCUGAAGAAAUUUCCUAUAGUGGUUAAAAACUGCACUGGAUUUGCUGUCAAUCGAACCUUCUUCCCAUAUAUGCAAGGAGCAGAUUUGUUGGCAAAUUUGGGAGUUGAUUUAUUCAGAAUUGAUCGAGUGAUCAGUGAAUUUGGCAUGCGGAUAGGCCCUUUUCAGCUUUUUGAUUUGUCAGGAUAUGGCAUAUUUCUAGCUGGAGUACGACAAUUUGCUGCUGCAUUUCCUGAUCGCACUUUCCAGUCUCCUUUAGUUCAACUUAUGGUUGAAAAUGGGCAUACUGGCAAGAAGGAUGGAAAUGGUUUCUACCUAUAUGUGAAAGGAAAGAAGCCAGAACCCAAUACAUCUGUCCUACAAAUCGUUGAAGAAUCUAGAAGGCUCACGAAAAUUAUGCCCGGAGGAAAGCCAAUAUCUGUGACAGACCAAGACAUCUUGGAGAUGAUGUUCUUUCCAGUCAUAAAUGAGGCGUCCCGAGUUAUUGAAGAAGGGAUAGUCGUCCGAACUUCAGACCUUGAUAUUGCUUCUAUCCAUGGGAUGAAAUUCCCUUCAGAAACUGGAGGUAUAAUAUUUUGGGUAGAUUCAAUUGGACCAAAGUACAUAUGUUCAAGGCUAAAGAGUUGGUGCGACUCCUAUGGUAACUUCUUCAAGCCAUCACAGUUCUUGGAAGACAGAGCUGCCAGAGGCAUUGCAUUGGGGGCACCGUGCAGUUGAACUUUCGUUGAAUCCUCUAUCAUUGAGACCCCAGAGAAAAUUUCGAGUUUGGUCCUUGAAAUUUCAUUUUAGCUUCAAUUUGGUCUCAAAAGUUUCAGUAAUCUUAGUUAAAUCUCAAAGCUUUUUGUGCCAAAUUUUAAAUUUACUCAUAUAUGGGAGGUUAUGUCCCAUUGUUCUGUAAUCACUCUACAUUUUCUGCUUAAUAAAAUCACUUC